AUGCGUCGGCCACUUUUCACCACAAUCAUUACGCUGUUCUUGUUGCAGCUGCUGGGCUGCUCCAUUGGCUGCCUCGCUCUCUCGCCCACCGCGCACCACUGCAUGUAUGAUGAGAUAAUGAAGAAGGCCAGCUUGCCCAAGCCCACAAUGGUGCGGGAGUUACCCCGGAAAGGUCGGGGCACAUGGCAGACUUAUACCGCGUCCACAGAAGAAGACGAUUCAGGUGUCUGGGCGCCUAUCCGCAUCAUGGUGUCGGAGAAGGAUUUGAAUGACCCCAGUAAGUACUGCACCAACAUAGGAGAGCCCCGCCCAACAUUUCUGGGAUUUGACAAAGAAUGCCAGCUGCACGACAUCCUUACCAGCCGAACAAGGGCUGAGCUUCUCCAAAAUAUUUUUCCGGCCGCCAUCAAACUGCACUCGGAUCGCCUUUCCGUCCGGCCGAAUUCUUCUCCGUUGAUCGUGCCCAGAUCCAUCAAAGAGUCUCACUGCAAGCAUUUCACCGUCCCUGAGGAACAUUACACAACCGGCGUUGAGAACGCCGACGCGGUGAUAUACUUGGCUGCUGGGACGCAUUUCCCAUUUGCCGUCUCGUGCCUUGCUGCUGAGAAGGACGUUCGUCCGACUGUUGGCGCCAUGAGCUUUAGCAUUUCAGGCCUUCAUCACAGCUGGUUUGCCGUUCGUGUAAUUGCGCACGAGCUCGCGCAUGUACUUGGGUUCAAUUACGAACAAAUGCGUGCCCAGAAUAUGCUCAGCAGCAUUUCCACCAACAGUUUUCAGCAAAAAAAAGGGAUUGUGACUUCCGUUCUCACGAAGCAGAAGGCUGUAGAACACUAUAAUUGCGAAAGCCUUGAAGGUAUGCCGAUGAGAGACGAGCAUGGUGAUAAUUUACGGAUGCACUCGCACUGGGAUCAGCGGUACGCGAAGGACGAUCUAAUGAGCUCUAUGGUUACUUCUGGUGCCGGGUUCUACACCGCGGUGACGAUGGCUGCAUUUGCGGAUAUGGGUUUUUUCAAAGUGAACUUCAGCAUGGCAGAAACGAUGAACUGGGGCAAGGGUGUCGGCUGCAACUUCGUUAACCAAAAACAGUGCAUGCCAGACGAUUACAAAAAUUAUCCCGAAAUGUUCUGCCACCGCAACACCAGCGACACGAGGCGUUACUGCACAUCCGACCGCGUUCAAUUGGGCAUCUGCAGUUCUUUUUCCGAUGAUCAAUGCUUGUUUAUCCAGCCGAUGGGUUUUGGCUCCUGCCGCGAUACGACCUCGAUCUUGCACGGAAGCCGCAUGGGAACAAGCUCAUGGUGCCUUGACGGAGAGUCUCUCAAAGUGAAUGAGGAAGUGCUUGAAACUGAACCACAAGUGAUUUCUGUUGGCGGCGUGUGCGUGGAGGUGUUUUGCGGCAGGAAAGAAGUCAGUGUGCGUUACCUUGGCGAUGACGACUGGCACGAGUGCCCCGAGGGUGGAAAAAUCUUUCCCGCAAACACAUCUGUUGACUUUGCCGAGGGCUACAUAAAGUGUCCCAGAUAUGAGGAUGUGUGUACCAUCACUCCCAGUGGCAGGAGCGGCAUCCCCUUUCAGGAGAACGGACCUAUCCACGACGACUCCUCUAACCGAAAAUAA